AUGAGCUCUCCAAAAAUACCACCUAUUUCCGCACUGACUGCGUUGGAGCCACGACCCGGUGGCCAGUGGACAAUUAAUCGACAAGAAGGUGAUGCCACCUCUCUCUCAUAUGUGAUGGAUAACGGCUCUGAGGCCAUCACAUACACUCUACACCAGUGUCAGACCGAGGAGGAUAUUCGUAAACAUUGUGCCUCUUUUGUCUACGAGUAUACUGAUGACGUCUCUGAGAGCGAAUAUUACCACCAAAGCGUUCCCGAAGUUCCUACAGAGUUCGGAGAUUCUCAGGAAGCCGCAUCACUACUCUAUCAUUCGCAAGAAGAGGGCGUAAUGCGACAAUUCCCAACGGGCAUCCAGCAACCACUCCAAGAACAUCUUCUUUUUAGCACCGAAGCUGCCAUUAUUUCGCCGCCUGAAUCACAAGCUCAAGCCAGCAUUCGAUUUGGAGAAGCGACACUAGCUCCUCAAUCGAACUUCUACCAACAUGGCCAAACAUAUCCUAUGUCCACCAGCCAACAUCUUUCACAAGAAAGUUUCGCUCCCGGAACUUCUGAGUGGCCGCUGAACAAUGAAAUGUUCCCCUCUGCUGUCGACAAUACUCCCAUUUCCAUACCGAACACUGAACUCGGAUUAACACAAGACACUACUUUGUUUUUAGGUGGAUGGCAGCAGAACUGGGCCCAUGUGAACCCCAACCCUACUCAAAACUCUGACGGAGAGUGGGAUGCCUUUUUCUCGUAG